UGGUAGAUGUCCCCGUUGAUGAAGAGGUGAAUGGAAUCCUUCCCUCUCUUUCUCACGUCACAAAAGUAGAGUGUCAAGACAAACAGCAAAUUGGUAAUGCAGGGAAAAAGGCCUCUUGGAAAGAAGGACAAAACCUCAAGAGGGGUAUGUCACUUGAAGACUGGAGUCUUUAAUUGAGUGAAGAAACAGGCGUUGCUAAUUAGAAACGUCAUCUGGAAAGGGAAGCAGACUUUGAGAGUCCUGGUAAAAGCAUCUGCUGAGAAAACCCCAUUUCCAUAAGUCUACCAAAAGCCUUCAAUUUGUUAUCCAUUAGUAGUACCAGUUGAGAGUUUCAUUUUCCCUUGAUUCUUGAUUUUUAUAGUUGAAGUACCUCGGACCCUGUUAAACCUCAUCAAGCCCCAUUGGUCUAACCUCCUGAAAAACAACUCCCCGAAGGACAAAAAUUUUUCAGCAGCCAUGGCUUCAAACAUCAAAAUACCAUCAACCACAGCAAUCAUCUCUGCUGCAGCCUCUGUAGCUGCCACCGCCAUGCUUAUUAGGUCCGUCGCCAAUGAUAUCAUUCCCCGCGAGUUCAGACAAUUUUUCUUCACCAAUGUUCACCGCCUUUUCACAGCAUUCACCAAUGAAGUCAUCUUAGUCAUCGAUGAAUUCGAUGGUCUUGGCCAAAAUCAACUCUUCAAGGCCGCAGAAGUUUACUUGGGAUCCAUUCUAAGUCCAUCCACUAAAAGGUUUCGAGCCACACUGCCUCAAAAAGAAAAGAAAAUCAACAUUUCCAUGGAAACCAAUGAAGAACUCACCCAAAAAUUUAACGGCUUCCAGAUAAAAUGGAGGAUGGCCUGUAAGCAGAUUCGACCGAGAUACGUUUCACAGCCUGGUGGCUAUGAUUCAACUAUGUUAUCCAAACCCCGGUAUUAUGAAUUAAUCUUUCACAAGAAGCAUAAGGAUAAGGUUAUUGGCGAGUACUUGCCUUAUGUUUUGGAAAGAUCUAAGGCUAUUGAACUUGAAAAGAAGACACUGAAAUUGUUUAUGUUGGGAAACGAUCGGAUGAUGGGACAUAGGGGCAACCCGUGGCAAUCAGUCGAUCUUGAUCAUCCAGCCACAUUUGACACGUUGGCAAUGGAUACAGAUGCUAAAAAGAUGGUUAUCGAUGAUCUUGAGAAUUUUGUCCGAAGGAAAGAGCUUUAUCGGAAAGCUGGGAAGGCAUGGAAAAGGGGGUAUUUGCUGUUUGGGCCACCAGGAACAGGGAAAUCAAGUUUGGUUGCUGCCAUGGCCAACUAUUUAAAAUUUGACAUCUAUGACUUGGAGCUCACUGAUGUCAGGACCAACUCUGAUUUGAGAAGGCAUCUGAUUUCAACAGCUAAUCAGUCGAUACUUCUGGUGGAGGACAUUGAUUGCUCGAUUGAGCUCACGGUGAAGCGACCAAAAAAAGCAUCAAGUGCAUCUAUGUUCCCUCAACAGUAUGGUCAAGAAAACUGGGUUACCUUGUCUGGAUUACUGAACUUCAUUGAUGGACUAUGGUCGAGCUGUGGGGAUGAGCGCAUCAUAGUGUUUACAACUAAUCAUAAAGAUAAGCUAGACCCGGCUUUAUUGCGCCCUGGUCGCAUGGAUGUGCAUAUUCACAUGUCGUAUUGCACCCUCUGCGGUUUCAAAUUGCUUGCUUCCAAUUACCUUGGAAUCACAGAUCAUCCACUCUUCUUGGUUGUUGAGCAGCUGAUGAAAGUCACCAAUGUGACUCCUGCAGAAGUAGGAGAGCAGUUAUUGAAGAAUGGUGAGCCUGAAAUUGUACUAGCAUGCCUGAUUGAGUUCCUUGAGGAAAAAAAGAAAAAUGUCCAAGUUGAAAACCAUAGAAGUAAUCAACAAGCACCCAAAUCUGCAGUUCUCCAAGAGCCGGAGGAAGAAGGUGGAAAUGAGGGAAAGACAAGUGUAAUCGGCCUUCAAGCAAUUAAAGAGCUGGUAAAGACGAAUAAAGUGUCUCCUGCUGAAGUUCAAGACCAAGUGAUAAGGGAGAACGAGGCUGAUAUUAUUUUGAGACGCUUGACUCAAUUGCUUCAGGAGAAAAAGGAGACGCAAGUACUAAAAAUAGAUUCAGGAUCUUCUGCUGAGAAUCUCUCCCUAACCUGAAUUUGAAGGGAAAAGGGGUAUGACAAAAUUCGCACAUCAUGUCUCCUGGUGCUAAACCAAGCUUAUCAUGUCUCUUGUUGCUAAACUAAGCUUAAGCAAUAUUUCGUAUAUUACAACUACUUGGUACAUUAAAAUUCUCAUUAUAUGACA